GCGGACAGCCGCGCGAUUGCCGCUAAUGUUCUUUUUUGUUGAGCGAAACAUUAUUAGUUUUGUCUUUUCAGCACGAUAAGAAACGGCGGUUUGUUCAGCAGGUCAAUAUAAGCAAAGUGAUAUUAUAAGAACUAUAACCAUUAUAGAGUUUCACGGUAAUUUUGUUGUGCAUCGUUCUUGACACAAGCUAAGCAUUACACCCGUCAUCAACAGCGUUUUACCAUGGCAGAGUAUCUAGCUGCUAUCUUUGGCACAGAAAAAGACAAGGUCAAUUGCUCCUUUUAUUUCAAAAUUGGAGCGUGCCGUCACGGAGACAGGUGCUCUCGGAUUCAUAACAAGCCAACUUUCUCGCAAACAGUGUUGCUGCAAAACCUUUAUGUGAAUCCUCAAAACUCUGCAAAGUCUGCCGAUGGCAGCCAUUUGGUUGUAGCGAAUGUGUCCGAUGAGGAGAUGCAGGAACAUUACGACAACUUCUUUGAGGACGUGUUUGUAGAAUGCGAAGACAAAUACGGAGAGAUUGAGGAGAUGAAUGUUUGUGACAAUUUGGGAGAUCACCUAGUCGGGAAUGUUUAUAUUAAAUUUCGUCGCGAAGAAGACGCGGAGAAGGCCGUAAACGACCUCAACAACCGCUGGUUCGGCGGCCGCCCCGUCUACGCGGAGCUGUCCCCCGUCACGGACUUCCGCGAGGCAUGCUGCCGCCAGUACGAGAUGGGCGAGUGCACCCGCUCCGGGUUCUGCAACUUCAUGCACCUUAAGCCUAUCUCUAGGGAACUUAGGAGAUACCUAUACUCGCGUCGCAAGGGCGGGCGGAAGUCGCGCAGCCGCUCGCCGCGCGAGCGCCGGCCGCGCCGCUCGCGCAGCCGCGAGCGCGGCGCCGGCGCCGGCCGCAGGGACGCGCCGCGCAACUCGCGCGCCGGCCGCUACUGACCCGCACCAC